CGUGCUAGUUGAAGGAGAAAUUGGUGUGCAAAUCGUUGCAAAUUUUUGUCCUUGGGGGUAUAGUUAAAGUAAAUUAAGAUACGGGUUGGCUGGGAGCCACAGCAGAUGAGGUCACUCUUCUAGUGAUUCCAUUUUGGUAUUUUUUGUCCAAAGUGGUCUCCGAAUGAAGACUGAAUUUUGACUCGUGGUGGUGGAUCGCGCAUCGCUUUUUUAUUUGUUAAUUUGCCGUUUCCACUCACAGCUUUGUCAAAACUUGUCAUCGUCGUCAUUCCAGCACACGCCUGGGAAUAUUUAUUCAAAAAGAUUGAUGGUGAACUGUAUUUAGUGUGGUUAUUCAAGUGAUUCUCUGUGACCUGAACUGUUCGCGUCCCGUCGGGUAUAACGUAAAAAAUAAAUCCAACAAGUUCUUCACGCAUCUCUCUCCGGGAUCUUGGACAAUUUUAAUUUUUCCAGCUUUAUUACUUCAAUUGUGUUCGAGUUCCGUUACCCGAAUUCUUUUGCUUUAAUUUCCUUCGGAUCAAGUUCUGGAUUACACGCUGUCGUUUUCUUUGGGAGGAGUUUUAGUGCUAAAAAAUCGUCGCUGAUAUAUUUAUCUCUGUGUCAUCAUUGCCUCAGAGAUAAAACUUGUUUUGAAAACGUUCUUCGAGCUGACACUGAAAUGUCAACAAAAAGUAACAAUAUGUCACCAAUGCCAAUGCAGACGAAGAUUGGGGAUGCGUCGUUAAAGUUUGGUCCGGACUGGCUGAGAGCUCUAUCUUCUUCGGAAAAUACUGGAAGUUCUAGCGCUUCUCCAGAUGACGGUGGUCCAUCUCCGCGCGGAUAUUCCGUUUGGGGUCCCGGGCCUGAAGUAGGUGGUCGUUCCAGCUUUAAUUCUACUUCCAACAAGGAUCACAACUACGCGGUCGCCUUUUCCUCUCCCCCGUCCUCGUCCUUCCGUCCCAUCUCCUACCGCCAGUCUCCACGAGGAUGGGGAGAUGCCAACAAAGGAACGGGCCCACCUUCAAAUCCCAACCGGUUCAAACAACCACAAUAUCGAUACAGCCGAGAGGAAUUGUUGGCUCUCUAUGAUAAGAAUUUAGAAUCUCCCGACUUUUUGAAGACUUUUGGAACUCUGUACAUUAAGAAGAUGCAACCACCGCUGGCAUUCUCACAACCAUCGGAAGAAGAAAUUAGAAUAUGGCAUAUUCCUCAACCUGAAUCAUCUAGACAAGGCCCUGGUGGUGCAGAUCCGAUCGGACCAGGUUACGCUACUCGCGGUCGGGGUGGUGGAAUCGAUCGUGGACGCGGUCGUGGUCGCGGGAGCUAUUUGACAUAUGGUCCGAGAUCACAUGAAGAGGAAGACCCUCGUAGUUCUUUUUCCAGACCAAGAAACUUUGAAAGACCUCAAAGUAAUCAUGAGAGAACUGUUUGGGGAGAUCGUAAUGGGGUUGUGGGAAGUGUGGGUGGACCACCCGGUGUUGCGGGGCCGGAGGAGAGCAAUCGUGGGGGUGGAAGUUGGAGGAGUCGAGAAAGCUUUGGUGGACGACGGGUGUCGGAAGAGGGGACGAAUGACGAUGGUUGGCGUAAACCAAGAUGGCGUAGGGGAGACGAGGCGGAGGACGAAUAUAGGUCGGGUAGUAACUCUAGAAGGCUUCAUCGCAGCUGGAGUGAAGAAGAGAAUCACGACAACAUACCUGAAUGGGCGCGAGACAAUCCUUCGGAGGAAAGCGGCACGUUCGAUUCAAGCGGCGCAUUUCACGGAGAGGAUCGCAGUAGUAAAAGUAGUAGAGAGACAGACAAUAGAAAAGGAGGAGAAAACAGUGGCGAUAGCAAUAGUGGUAAUAGUUUGUUGAAAUCCAGAGGUGAAUCUGAGCACUUAGGAUCUCAUUCUGACAGAGUACAAAAGAGGGUGCAAGAUAGAACCGAAUCUGUCAAACCUGUGAUCCCUGCCUCGGUGAAAGAAGAAGCAGAAAACAACGCCGGAGACGACCAUGACGAAUACUCGUCGUCCUUAUCCAAUAACAGAACGAGUCGAGACCGUGACCCUUUCCUGACCCUGUACAACUCCUUCCAUCAACAGCAGCAGCAGCAACAACAACAACAAUAUCACCAUCAGGGAUCCAAGAAUAGUAUUAUAAACAUUCAGAAGCAGUUACUAGAGUCGGAAUCCCAUGAUCGUAGCGGACACCUUAUUGGCCUAUCGUCGUCCGAAUCACAUCACAUUCAACGUGUUCAAACGGUGCAGCACCAAAUGCCGGCGUUCUCCUACGACUCGAGAUCACAAUUACUGCAUGCUCAGUCUCUGGUUGAACCGGCCGCAUCUGGUCAUGGUUUUCACGGAGGCGAACUCGGAGCUUCCUCCAAUAUCAACGAGUUAGAUACGGCCUCUCUCACCAGUGAAGAUGAGUUCUAUAGAAGCAUGACUGAAGAAGCAAUGAACCUGGUUUCGAAACUGAUUGAAGAAGACACUCUCGCAUCCCGGCGACUUUGCGGACCGAGUGGCAACAACGCCAUGUCGCAACAACAGCAACAACUACUUGCCAGUCUGUCAGUAGAGGAAACUUUGUCAUCCAGCGGUGGUGGCGGUGGAAACAAGCAGCAACAGCAGCAGUCGUCCCAUAAUGAUCUGUCCCGAUCUGGUCCUGGAAGGGGAGGACAUCACCCUUCACAGAAUAUUCCAUCACAAAAUACAACAACCAAUGUGACUGUCCAUCAACCAGCCAGCUCCCCCUCAGGAUCGAUGGAAGUUUGGUUUUAUCGUGAUCCUCAAGGCAGUGUUCAAGGGCCCUUUAGCACACAUGAGAUGGGUUUGUGGUGUUCUCAAGGCUACUUCUCAGGCUCACUCCAACUUCGAAGAGAAUGUGAUAAGAUUUUUAUCACGUUGUUGGAAAUGGGCAAAGUAUAUGGAAGAAAUCCAUUCGCUGUUGCCGAUUCUUCCCCGCCACCACCCCCAAUUCAGGACCCCAAUGCAUCCAGUGCCUUAGACCACAGUAGUCAAAUUCAAGCUCAACUUCACCAACAAAGGCAACAGGCCCUUUUGCAACAGCAAAACCUGAUGAGGGAACAGCAACAGUAUAUGAUGAACCUCAACCACGGUGGGGGUGGUGCCAUUCGUAAGGAGCAACAGGAUCCUAGCUGGCAUCAACCACAGAGCUCAAGUAUUCCUCCAGUUGUUGCCCCGCAGCAAACUCGGUCAACUUCUAACUCGUCCCAUGCCCUCCAAAAAAUGCAAACUAAAUUACUAAAGUACAUGGCUAGAUCUCAAGGAGGGGUGGAUGGAGAUCAAUUGUAUGCAUCGUAUCAAGCGGAGGUCUUUGUUGGCAAUGAAACAUUACAAAGUCAAAAUAAUUUUUCAGACUUGAUGGGGAAUUCACAAAGCACCCCAAUUAUGGAUGUCGCCUCUAAUAAAUCGUCCUCAGCUGUGGUCAAUGAUCCUAUUCAGUCUUUAGUUCAACAGUUAACAUCUAUGGCAAAUACUCAGCACAAGAUUAGCUCCACACCCAGUAAGCCUCCUGAUGUGAUAAGCCCAUGGGGACAGACUGGCAAUUCUUCAGUUCAGCAACAACAACAGACGCCUCAAGUCCAAAACCAAUGGGGUGCUGCUCAGCCAACCCAGACCCCGUGGGAGUAUAGGGAACAAAUGGCGAAAUUGCAAGAGGAAGAAUUACGUCGCCGAAAAGCGGAGGAGGAAGUGGAGCGCAAAAGGCUCGAGGAGGAAGAACGUAAACAUUUAGAAGAUAAGAGAAGAAUAGAACAUGAGCGUAAACGCCUUGAAGAACAGCAACGAAUGGAAGAAGAGAAGCAACGGAAAAUUCGCGAGGAACAGUAUUUACUCCAGAAGCAGCAACAAGAAAUAAUGCGGAAACAACAAGAGGAAGCAGAAUUUCAACGUCUCAAAGACCGCCAGAGACAACAGUUGGAACAGCAACGUCAGCUUAGAGAUGAGCAAACUAGAUUAGCCGAAGAACAGCAAAAGCUUGAGGAACAAAGACUGGAGAAUGAGCGUAAGGGACAGGUCGCAGCUGAACGUGAAGUUAAACUUCGUCAAGAGCAAGAACGUGAAUUGAAGCUGGAACGACAAGCCCAAUUUUCCUGGAAUAAUGCUACCGUCCAACGUACUCCCUCUCAAAAUAUGGCAAGUGAUGACGCUGAUAGUAGCAGUAUCAGUAGUAGUUGCAGCAGUGGGUCGAAAAGCCUGUUAGAAAUUCAACAAGAAGAAGCAAUUGGACAAGAAAAGGAGCAAGCAAAUCAAAAGAAAAGCUCACAAGAAGAACAAGCUCAAAAAUUCAAUUCGUUAAUAAAACAAGCUUUUAAGGAGGCGCUGAACAUUUCUCAGCGAAAAGAAAUUAUAGACUAUGUCCGAAGUGCCUGUCGCCUGACAAACCAUAAAAUCAUCAGACCACGCAAUCUCCACGACUUGGUUGAGUACAAUCCCGCAGUAGCCAUUGAAAUUUUACAAAGACUGAUAAUCCUUAACGACCUUAAAGUUGAUGAGUAUUUUAAUGCCUUGAUCGAAAUGGAAAUGUCUGUUCACUCGAUGGAAGUAGUGAAUGUCCUGACCAGCAAUCUGCAACUUCCAAAAGAGUUUGUGUACAAGUACGUCUCCAACUGCAUUAAGGCGUGUGAAGGCAUCCAACCUACCGAAAAGUAUGCACAAAACCGCUUGGUCCGUCUACUCUGCGUCUUUUUGAAAUCUCUGCUUCUCACUCAAGUGAUCGACGUCCAGGAUAUUUACCUGGAGGUGGUCGUCUUUCUCGUCCAGUUCAUUCGGAUUCGGGAGGCAUCCUGGCUGUUUACCUACAUCCGAAAUGUGGAAAUUGAAGCUCCAGAAUUGCGCGAAAUGAUCAACAAUAAACUCAUUGAACAUUAGAUGCUAAAACCCAAGAAAUUAAACAAUCAAGAUAAAACCGCAACAAAUUCUCGUCAAACGGAACACACCGAGUCACCACUAACCAAAAGAUCUCUAAUCGACUUUUUGUACCUUUCACGACAUGCUCUUAUGUAUUAUUAAGGUUACAGUUGAGAUAAUACAUACAUAUUUAAUAUGAUACAUAUUUUUUCUA